AUGCAUACGUACAGUGUACCGGUGGUGAAGCACGACAUUCGCCAUGAAGAAAUGAUCCUCGAUGCAAUUAACGCCUUCGAAUUGCUCAACCAUGUGGUGGAAGAUGUUUUUGCAAAGAUUAAUGCACGGAUCACACAAAACAAGACUCGCCUGAAAGCGCUGGAUGUGCGCGUAGAAAAGGUGAACGCAGAUGUGCGUAGGCUGCACGAAACCAAACAAGCGAUCAUCAUUUACUCACCCAGCCGAUACCCGGCAAGUGAUAUGGAAUCGGUCAUCGAGCCGACUUUCUCCACCAGCAAUAGAAUCUCUUUUUGGUGCACUCCGACCGCCCUGAAGGAUAAACCCUACCAGCCCUCGCAUUCGUUGCAGGAAAAGAUACAAUUCUAUCACGUUAAAUCGGCACGGGAAAGUGAACGCAUUUUUCCGUUCGAUUCUUCGGCUAACCGUGCUGGUAAUUUGUGCGGACGAGAAUUGGGACCAUUUUUAGACACCUUGCUGCUGUUUAGCGAACCCACGUAUGUGCAGGACUACAAGGGACAAGAUUGGAAGAGAUCGGUACGGAAAAAUUCAUCGCAUGGUGGUGCGAUACGCGAAGAAAGAGUACUUUCCUCAUCGUCGCCCAUUAUUCGCCAACGAAUGAAGAAGAAAAGCCAGGACAUUUUCUACACGCCUUCGCUGAGCGAUGCACCGAAGCUGGAUGUACCGAUCGAUUUGCCAGAUCUGCCGGGUAUUGUGAGCAAUAUUAACUACGUUGGUAACAGCACACUGAUCGCACCAUCGCUCCAGUUGGCCGGAAUUAUCGAGCAGUUACCCUCCCUCGAGGAUCUCACGAGUGCCAUCGAUGUGGCGGAUCAUUCCAAAGACAAGAUAACCGAUAGCUCAUCUGUACCGUUGCCGUCAUCAGCACCGCGUAGUUCAUCGGAACCCGUGCCACCGCCACCAGCCAUAUCCAUGGCUCCUCCUCCACCACCGCCACCACCUCCCCCUCCACCACCACCACCCCCAGUAAUAGCGGUUACGGAACCAGCCCUCAAUAUCGAACCGGAAACGAAACUACCGUCAACGAAACAAAAAGAAGCACCUCCAUCGUCGGGCGGUGACGCUCAUUUCAACCUGAUGGAAGCAAUCCGACGUGCCGGUGGUGCGGAGAAAGCAAACCUGCGGCAUAGCGAAUCCUCCGGCCGGCGUGAAAACAACAUCGCCGGUCGCAGCGAAACAUCGGAACCGAAAAGCCUGAUCGAUGAUCUGCACAACAAGCUGCAGAUGCGCCGGAAGGGUAUAUCGGGCACACGCGAAGCUCAGGAACCGGGCAACGUGAUAGAUCGCCUGUCCGCGUUGAUUCCACCACCGGCGCCGAAACUCGCCGCGGACGCAUCGGCCAGCGAGAGCAACGAAGAAGACUGGGAGUAA